UCUAACAGACCAGACCAGACAACCACCCAACGGUCUGGAUGAGAGCUUUGCGUCUAGCGAGAUAUUUGCUAUUAUAUUCCUCGGAGUUGUCUGGCUAUUUUCAGAGUGACGAGCUUUCUUUUCUUUUCUUUUCCUUUUUUCCCACGCUACAAAUCACAGGGUGAUGAAUAUCUAGGGAGAUGGGCCACCAGGUCCGCCUCUGCAAAUGGAAUCAUGGCGGGAACGAGGUUUUGUCCCGGACUCCGAUGACGAGGAAGGAUUCGAUACUCAGGAUACGAAGAAGAGUCAAGAUUUCGAUGGGAUUUCCGGUACAAUCCCCGAGCCCACGCAACAUAGGACGCCUUCGUUUUUGGGCGACGCGGUAGAGAUCGAGGGAAGGGAUGGUACUCGACAGGACGAUCAUGCCCUGGUGGAACAGGGCCAGGAUGAAGAAGCAGCUUCAGAUGCUGAUAAUGUGACGAUUUGUUCUCCGCGGGGUGGAGGGUUAGAUCGGUUUUCGCAAGAGUUGCGGCACGAGGAAAUCGCGGGACUUGAUAACCUGGAGGAGGGGGGAAAUCUUUUAGGUGAAGAUACUCUUCCUUUGCACGACGACAAUGUUGAGCCUGGACCCUCUGGGUAUUUGCAAGAAGCUGCGGACGAUGAUUCUCCGUCAACGCCUCGGCCUAAAAAGCAGCGUGAUAUUUUCGAUUUCCCCAGUUCUUCUCCUGAUCUAUUACAGCUUGAUCAUAGGCCUUGGAAGAAAACGGUUUUCUCCCCUGCUGACAAGAUUGACGGUAUACCGCAUCUGCAGGGCGCACCCUUGGAUGAUUCUCCUCUCUCUUCUCCGCUGUCCUCGGUUCACUCCUCGGCCCUAGAACUAGAUGGCCAGGAGCCUACGGAACAACAGGAGGAGGAGGAGGAGGAGGAGGAGGAGGAGGAGGAGAAGGAGCCACCUGAGCAGACACUGGAAGAUCUACUACCCUCGCUCGACAUCCCCGAGGAUAUUCUAGAGGAAUUGGCACCACCAGGAACAAGAACGUUACGCCAACGCAACCCUAUCCAACUGCAUCCCUACAUUCUUGAGGAUGCACGAUAUCAAAGACUUAUGAGGGCCCGGGGUCUCAAACCAGUACGUGCACCUCAAUAUCACCAGCCAGCCCUCCCCAGCGCCAACGGGGAAAGCCAAGAUUUUCGUCAAGACGCAGGGUCCACAUCUGACACCCAGAUGACGGAUUGCCAAUUCCCUCCCUCAUCUCCACUCGAUUCCCGGAAAUUAGCUGAGCUACAGCUGCCCUCAAGACCAACGGAUGGUGGAAAAUCACAUAAAUCCAAACAGCCUAUUUCCCCCUCUGACCCUCCCCCAAACCAUACCGGGCAACGUUCACCAAAGAGACGAAGGGUAAUUGGUCCGCAAGAUGAUACUCUGCGUACAAAUAUUCCACGCCCUCAAGUUAUGAUUAAUAACCUGCAGUCCCCUAAAGGGACAGGUUCGGCGUCUAUUUUUGAUAUUCCCAGCCCACCACGCUCGGGAAGUGUGUCUUCUCAGAGUACGCAACAGUUUACUGGCUUUCGAUUUCCACGUGGGUUUUCACCACCUGUCAUUACGCCGAGCACAGAAACAAGAAAGGAAACAAAGGAUAUCAAUGAUGCCGAUACGAUAAUGGAUGACCGCGGGAGCGAAAUUGACGAAGACGUGGCUGAUACUAGAUCAACUACUUCCCACACCCACUCGAAUCCACACGUGGAUGAAGAGGAGGAAAAAGAUGAAGAGAAGAACGAGGGGGUGAAUGAUGAAGCAGAGGUUAAAAGAUUGCAACGGAAAAUAAAGGGAGUGCUGCCAGCUUCGUGGCUUCGAUUAGACCAACAGAAGCAAAAAGAUGAACGCCUUAAGGCAACGCAACGCAGUCGUGAGAGAAUAGCAAGGUUGGAGGCGGAGAAUGCCAAGGGCGUUGCCAGAAAGAUCACCAAGAAACAGUAUUCGUCAACGGAGCCGAGUGCGAGAGAACAGCCGUCAUCCCUUAGAUAUUUAGUAGAAGACAGCAGCGAGGAAAGUGGGCACGAAUCGAACAAUGCUGAUGAUACUGGGUCACGCCAACUCCUAGCAGAGUUACUUGGGCUUGAAGAUACAACCCUUGAUCAAAGCCUGGACGGUGAUAUCCCCGAAGACAACCGCAUUGAUUACAUGCUUCCGUCUAUGUCCCGCAAUCCUCCGCUUUCGCAAAGCAGAAAGCAUCACAAGAAGAAGCGGAGAUUGGAAACGAAUAACGCUGGGUUCGAUCAUUACUCCAAGAAGCCUCGGCUUAAACUGCAGUCAAGACUUACUGAUCCUAUCUACGGAGCUCAAAAGACGAAGAAGCGGUCUUCUCGCAAUCUCCCAAAAUUGGGGAUCUUGGAUGCACCAGAUGUGGUCUCACGGCCGCGGAGUGAGCAGCCUCAGUUCUUGAGAGUUGCUGCGAGGAAAGCUCGUUCUCGUCAGGAUAGGGGAAGACAAAGCCCCACCCAUAAAAUCUUCAGGUUGGAUUCAAAACGAGACACGGAGGAUGCGAACGCUUCGUUGCGCGAAUGGCGUACGGGACUAUUGAAGCCGGCAGAUUUACCCAGAACCCCUAGCCAAAUGUCCCGGAGACAACCGUUAACGGAUCUUUCUACAAACAAAGGAGAUAAAAGAGAUGCCCCUUAUCAAACGGGGAUGGGAACAAGCAAAAGUGGAGGGCAUCAAAUUCGACAGCCCGCUCAACCAAGCGAGACUAGCGCUUCUGCAAGGACUCCUUCAGCUUCAGCCGCUUCUUCAGACCCAACAUCAAAAGCUCCUACUGCUUCAGCAAGGUCUGGGAGACCUCAAGUGGGAGACAAUCCAUGGGUCGUCCAGAGAAAAUUUGCAGUGUCGUCCUUAAAUCGAAACACCCCACGGCCUGCCAUUCCAGAAAUUGUGAGCCUAGCAAAUACAUCUGGAUCGUCUUCUUCAUCAUUUCAGAAGUCACUUGCAUUGUUAAACCGGGAUUUUGGAUCCCAGAAGUUCCCUAGAGCCCGGCCUAGCAAUCUGGUUUUGGAUCGAUACCUUUCGGGGAGAGCUAUUCCUGGCGGGUCUGAGAGGAACAACCUUGAACUGAACAAAUCUAAUGGUCAUCAGCUAGAGUCCCGCUCUGAGCCGCCACGCCGCCAGUUAAAGAAGCGGCCUCCAAAGAGACUUGAUGCCGGUGCAGCUGCAGACCAGGCGCCUUCUAUGCUACUUACUCCAGACGUGGAAUUUCCCGAGUCUUCAAAGCAUAAAUCUCCCAAGGACAACCAGUUCCAGCUAAGCAGGACAGCUAUAGGACUAAAUGGGUUCAAAACAACCUAUCCUGUAGAUUUUAGCAUUAGUCCUUUGUACCCCGGGAUAUUUUUUCACGAGUCAACAUUUAUUGGCAGCGGAGAGUUCUCCCGUGCCCUGCAUGUUACCAGUCGAGAUCUUGACAAGAGCGCUAGCGUUUUCUAUAUCACAAUUGGUGACCAUAAUCUUCGCUGGAGCCAAUGGAAUGAUACGGUCUCAUCUGAAAUUGGCACGGUUUUCGAGCGAAUCAUGGGAGAAAUUGAAGAGCCAGGUGGAAAGCCAGGGGAAGCCGCGCGAACGAGUGACGACUCGGCUUCAAACCUCUAUCGAUCAUUGGUCAAAUACGUUUCAGAAUCGCUGGUUUUUGUUGACCCGGUUGAUAGAACUGGGCUAGUUGCCAGAGCGAAUGGCUUGAUCUCCAAGCUAAUUGACGACUUGUCCACUUUGGCUUCAACCACUGGGCAUGAUGUGGAGAAGCUUAUCAGGACUGCUUCGUAUAACACUGUGUUUUCUAAUCAAAUAUCCCAGAUCGCAAGCCAUAGUCUUGUCACUUCCACUCUCCGCAAUGAGGCGUUUGAACUGGUAAAGUCGGCAUCCCGACAACUUAUCGGCCUUCUUUCAAGCCCCACGGGGCAAAUAGGAAUCCAAAAUUUUCUUACGGCCAGCAAGUCUCGCGAAUGGCGCGAUGCCGGAGUGAAAAGCGGUUACCCUUCUGUUGACGCUCACGUUAUUGUCCAGCACUUAUUACGCAGUGACGAUAGAUUUGUGGGGUGUUUUGAAGACUUUGUGACUGAUGCUUAUUCCCUAGUGGACGUUGGAAACCCAAAUGAGAAGGACAUCACCAGUCUUGAAAUUGGAUGGCAACGUGUUUUUACAGCUCUACCACUAUAUGAGAUCGAUAAGCUUGGAAUGGCUCAGACUGGUUCUCGUUUCCGAGGAGGUAAUGAGAACUGGAAAGCCGUGAAGCGCCUACUACGCCCGGCCUUGGAAUGUUACGAUGCUGUUUCCGACAAACAACCAGUUUCGUACUAUAAUUACUGCCGAGUUCUGUUCCACAGAUGCUUUGUUCUCGUCAACGGCUGGGGCUGGCGCGAUUGUAAACCUAUUCUUGACACGCUCUAUGACUUCUUUGCGAAGCGAACUCUCUACAAUCUCAAGCACGAGGAGAGCUACAGAUCUCCCGCCUUCCUGGACCAGCUCGAUGGGAACCCAUUCUUCGAAGUCCUGCCCGGUGAUCCGUGCUUCCAUAUACUGCUAAAGAUAAUUGCCAGUGGGCUACGCUUUCUGUCUAAGAUCUAUGACAAGAAGAAGAUUCGGAAUUUUGCGUGGCGUCUAUUACCGAACCAUGGUCGUGUUUAUCCCAAGGAACAGUCUAUCCAUCAAGAUGAUCUGGACGCACUGAGGAACCACCAUGAUCUACUUUGCACCGUGUACUCUUCUGUUCCAGAUGGGUGUCGACCUAGGCUAGAGACAAUCAAGAACCUCGUACAUCCUGCUACCUCACACCGUGAAACUUGCAAUAUUAGUCUACGUUCCUGGACUAGACUUGUUAGAUUCAAGUUAUCAACUAAAGAGGAUGUUGCCGGGCUGGAGCCGUUCGCAGAGUGGCAUUGUUACUUUGUUACCGAGUUUCUGAAACAGCAUAACCUUGCUCGAAAGGAAGUUGAGGCACAGAAUUCCGCGGGCCAGCAGUUUCCCCAGCAGUUGAUUGAAAGAACAAUUGCUCAAAACCAACGCCAGAUUGAGUCCUUGCUGAAGACUGCUCUUCAGGGUAUGCAGAGUGCGAUCAAGACUGCUCCCACCCUCGACCAUGCUCAGAAGAUCGUUUCCGAAGUGCCUAUAACCCCGAUAUUGGGCCUGUUUAACCCGAAAGUUCCUCGUCUGGACGCUACAGUCUCUGAAGCGCUCCAGAUGAUAAUGAUGUACGUGCAAAAGUGUACCUCGCUAUCUACGGGAAUAUCGAUGGCGAAGAUGGACAAAGCCCCAGCUACAGUGGAUGAUGACAGCCAAGAAUAUGGAGACUGGGCUGAUAUCGCCGCAGCAGCAUACGGUGAUGGAUUUACUUCUGUAUCCCCGGGGGUUGAACAUGUGGAGAAGAUAUUCCACCCUGCAGUAUCUCAACUGGUAUCUAAUUGUUUUGGUGAGGAUCAUUGUCCCGAGGAUAUGAUUCUCUUGAGUGUUGUGAACUGCUGGACCUCUAUUGCCCAGACCCUCGUGCAGCACGGAUUACGUCGCUGGGACAGUUACCUCAGUCCUUAUGAUGGUCAAUCCUGGGUAUCACUUAGGUGGACAACGCAGACGAGAAAAUUCACUUCUCAAUUUCUUGCGAGUUGUAUCGAGAAAGACAGCCAGUUUGCAUCAGAGUGUAAGGUGCAGAUUCUUGGCAUGUGGUUGUCGAGUCUGGUGGAGAGAGUAUCGAUGCUUAAAUAUCAACACCGUUUAACCGAAGCACUCUUAAAUCAAGAUGCCACGGACCCUGUUCUUCAAAAUCUUCCAUUUUCACGAGAUCCCCAAGACGGGCGCUAUUCAAUAACCCUAGAAGAUAUGAGCCAACGCCGUCUGUCUCUCAUCUCGUCUCUUCUGUCAAACAUGCGUGUGCAUAUCCAGGACUUGGACGACUCGGAAAGUCGAGAAGUCUCAAGCAUUCGACAGGAGUAUAGGGAGCUUAUCCAGAAAAUGAUGUCGUCCAUGAAAUCCAACUACCAAGAAUUGGGGAAUGGAGCAGCUAGCGUUCAAGGAGCAUAUGUUGAUUUUGUUCACCGGAUUGUAGGAUUUCUACAGCAACACACUAGGGAUAUCUGUCCUAUUGAUCCGUUCUUUACCGACCCGUCUUCAUUCCCUCUACCGUCUGCCGAUCCAACUUACAUUGUUGCAAGAUUGAAGAGCUACGAGCCAAAGCUUUCAUCCGAGAAAGUCGCGAAAACACUAAUCAUUUUCGUCCAGGGCGUCUCUGAACGGGCUGCCUUGGAUGGACAGCAAUCUUAUCUCGUCAGUCAACUACAUGCAUCCAUGGCGGAUACGUAUGAGGCUGGAAAUCCAGACCGACCUACUUUGAGAGCAAUCCUCCUCCAGUCCGUGUUCCCCGCAUACCUCGAAACGGCAUUCAACAACCCGGCCGCCUGGGUUCUCAGCCGGCCGAUUAUCGAAACCAUCUCUCUUCUCUUCAAGGACCUACUCUUCAACAUGGACACCACAGACUCAAACUGUGUCGGCUCCGUGGGAAGCAUCUUCCAUUCGGUAUUCGACUCAUCGCAUCAAGCAAUGCAACUCAUUACAGAAACCCCCGAUAUGCUCCAAGACCCUACCGUCCUCUUAACCACCACGACUUUCCUCAAAAUGAUCACGUGCGCGCUCCCCGCCAUCGACUAUCUAGACCGAGCCACAGACCUAGACGAAACACUCAUCACCCAGCUCCGCAGAUUCCAACAGUUCUCCAUCUUCACCAUCGCACACCUGAAAGAUCAACCCCUGGUACACGCUCCUCCAGCCAUACCAACACCCAAUCCCACAACAACCACACCCCCAAUCUUCACCAAAAUGAUCUGCACCUCCGCAACUCGUGAACUCCAAACCUACCUCAACGACAGCUGGUCCCGCCACCAGGGCAGAUACUACUUCACUCGCCGUGGCGCACACCAACCGCAAGAAGUCGAGAUCGAGCCCUCGAUCGCUGCGAGGCUGGAUGGGGAUGGGGCUUGCUCGCCCGUGGAGCGGCUUCUCGAUGCCGCGCAAGGGUUAAUAGACACUAUGGCUGUUUUGGACUUGUUUGGAGAUUCUACAUAUGAGUAUGGGUAUGGGUAUGGGUACGAGUAUGGAUCCCCAUCUUAUUAGACGGGAUGAUGAUGAUGAUGCUUAUCCUGUUUGGAAUUCAUCCAUGUUUUCCUUGUGGGCUGCGGUUUAAAAUGACAAAAUGAUGAAUGUAUAUAAUGAUGCAUUGUAUGUUACGGAUCGUAUAUCUGGUUUAAUUGCUUGCUGCUUAGUACUUGAAUGAAUAAAUGAUUGAUAGAAU